CACUCAUUUGACCAUCAUCUACUUGUUGAGUUAUGUCCUUCACUGCUUUAAGCAAGUGGCAAACUCUGUGUGGCAAACCUGGCAAACAAAUAAAUGUCACCCUGGCAAGUAUAAUUAAUGGUUAAUCAAGUGAAAAGUUUUAUACAAAUGAAAAUCGCAUUAAGCAUGAGGUGAGCGCACGCAUUUCCCUCGAGAGCAUCUCAUGCUUAAACAGUAUUAAAUUUAUUAAAUAUCGAAGUGUCGUGUGACUUGAACGAAGGUUAAGUUUGGUAAAAUUCGGAACGUUUUCCUUUAUGAUGUCUGGCAAUUGUUUGUGAAAAUUAUUAGUUAAUUUAAUUAUGUAAUUCCAGCAAUGAUGUACAAAUCAGUGCGCCUGAAAAGGAAUUUUGCCAUAUGUUAUUUGUGACUUGUUAUAAGUAGUGUUACAUAUCAAUAAGCCAAGCUGAGAUAUUAAUUAUAAUCAAUGGCUUAUAACAUUGAUUGGAUCGUGCCAGCUCUAAGCAAACCGACUCAUUUAUGGAGACUGGCAAGUACCAUAACUAUGGUAGCUGUUGGGUUAUUCAGCAAAGUUUUAAUUAGCACACUUACAUUGCGGCACCUUCUGUGUCCCUCAAAAAUGCGUUGGUCGCUGGCUGCCCACGAUAUUUGUUUCACUUGCUCCCAACACUCCUACUUCUUUAGUUUAGGGAAAUGUAUUCCGGUAAUACGAGGAGCGGGCGUAUACCAAAAGGCAGUAGACUUUAUGAUCGAACGAUUAGCUAAAGGAGAUUGGGUGCAUAUAUUUCCCGAAGGUAAGGUGAAUAUGUCCAAGGAGCACAUCAGGUUCAAAUGGGGUAUUGGACGAAUGAUUUUCGAAUCGCCUGUCCCUCCGAUAGUGGUGCCCAUUUGGCAUAUCGGCAUGGACGACGUCCUACCAAACGAACCUCCAUAUGUGUUAAGAUUAAGGAAAAACCUCACCUUUAAUUACGGAAAUCCCAUUGAUAUGUCUGAUAUGGUGCGUGCAUUGAAGUCGGCAAAUGCAACAGAAGAGGAGGCCCGAAAACAAAUAACUGACUUUCUGCAAGAUCGACUGCAGAAACUUAAAAUAGAAACGGAAGCUUUACACGCUCAAUAUUUUAGGUCAAAAUCCUGAUACAGGCAAAAAUUCAAUUAGGAGAUUUAAUUGGUAUACUUUAAGGUAAGCUAUCUGGAGGUAAAAAUGUGGAAAUCCGAAUAUUGGUAAAAAAUCGCAUAUUGACCUUGCUUCCAAUCAACGUGCGCUGAAAUAUCGAAAAAUUCCAGGUUGGUUUAUAGUGGAUAUUUAUCGAAACCUGACUAAGGCUUGUGACCAAUUUUAUACGGUAUUUGCAUUUUAGUACAUUUUGAAAAUGUCUGAGAAAGAUCUUCUAACUAUGGCACUCUUCUAGCAUUUCAGCAUUCAAAGGGUAAUAGCAAUAAACUUAUUUUCCUAAAAAAUAUACUUAUAGGGUAGCAUACAUUAAAAAUCAAACAGCUUUUCGUAUUAAAGGCUUGAUAGCCGUUGUCGAUUGUCAUUUCUCAAACAAACGUUUCCCUUACUUCUGCGGCUUGAAUUAUUAAAAGCCGGAAGUUGACAAAUUUUCCCGUACACUUUUUUAAUACUGCCCCAAUCGAGGAUUGAAUUUUAUAUAAAAAUGAUUUUUAAAAUGUUGAUUUUUAUAAACGCAAUAGGUAUAGCUUCCUUAUAUGGUGUUCUAUUGGAUGCCGAAUUUAUAUAAGCUAGUCAAACUUAGUUUUAAGUACUAAAUUGCCAGUUUCAGCAUUGAUAGCUUUAACGUUUCACAGUGGCUGUAAAGAAAGAUUGUUUUUUGAAAAUUUUCCGAUAGUGUUAUAUUUUUGAAAAUCGAGCAAGUGUUCAUUUACAUAUUUUUUAAGCUUUUGCUGUAAAUAUUUGGCACAUUAUAGCCUUAAUAUAAUUUAGAUACUGCAAGUGUUGCCCGAAUCUUUGAAAUGAAAAUAAAUAAUUAAUAUGUGCGUGAAAUGAGAAUUAUCAUGCCAACUGGUCGCAUCAAAGCCAAUUGAAAUGAUCAGAAUGCCGAUAUUCAAGUACCAAAAUUUUGAAUCAUUGCCAAAAAUGCAUAAAUGAUGCCAAAUUAGAAAAUGAAUUGUUAUAUUUAAUUUAAGCUUAGGUGAUACCCAGAAUCUAUGGGUUUAAUUGGUCCUAAUUUACGAAAUUUACUUUAAAAAAUUAUGCAACAAACUUUUACAGCCCUGUAAUGUAUUAAAUUUGUUAUAUGUACAAAAGGGUUGUUUUUAGAACACGGCUUCCAAAGUGUUAUUUUGUAUAUUUUAUAGUUUUGUUGCAGUUUGUUGUUCAAUCUUAUGAAUUUCUUCUACAGGUUCAUAUAUUAUAUGUCAAUGUGUUGCAAUAGGAAUAUAUGUAAAUAAUAUUGACAGUGGGUUUCAGAAAACUAUAGAAUAUAUUCCCAGCCGUAAACGUAUAAAGAUAAAUUGGUCGCUGUGCUGAAGCCCACUUUAAUAACUAUUUAAUUUAAGGAUUUGAAAGUUUACGAAGACUGCGAAAUAGAAUCCACAUUUUAUACGUUCAUCUAUUUCAUUGGGUACAUUAAGUAGACUGAGGCUAUUUUAUAAUCUUUGUAAUGGGUAGGUUUAUGGGUGUAUACUUUAACAAACCAGAGGACUUCCAAGACAACAACAAAAAAUAAUAAAUCGACAUACAUUUUA